AUGUCAACAAUGAAUAAAGUAUUAGCCAUAACAGCAGUAGCAGCAACUGCCAUAACAGGAUACGCCAUAUAUUUUGAUUAUCAACGUAGAAAUUCAGUCAAUUUUAGAAAAUCAUUGAAAAAAAAACAAAUUAAACAAAAUAAACAAAAAGAAAAAGAAUUAAAAGAAUCAAAACAAUCAAAAUUAGAUUCUGUUAAAAAGGCUCUUAUUGAAGAUUUAAAAUCAAAUCCAAUUCCAACUGAUUUAAAUGAAAGAGAAGCAUUUUUCAUGGAACAAGUUGCAACUGGUGAACAAAAAGCAAAAGAUAAUCAUUUAGAUGCUGCUAUAUGUUUUUAUAAAGCUCUUGCUGUAUAUCCAAAUCCAACUGAUAUUUUAGGUGUAUAUCAAAAAACAGUACCUGAAGAAGUUUAUGAAUUAGUUGUUAUGAUGGUUGCUAUUGCUCCAACUCAAAAUAUUUCAAGUAUAUUAAAUAAAAAUCCUGCUGAAAUGAAACCAACUGAAGAAGAUUUAGAUUAA